AUGGUCAAAGUUCUCGCAGUACUAUAUAAAGGUGGUCAAGCCGCAAAAGAAGAAUCUCGUCUUCUCGGUACGAUCGAAAACAGUCUUGGUAUCUCUGAAUGGCUCAAGAAAGAAGGUCAUGAAUUCAUCGUAACGGAUGACAAAGAAGGACCAGACUCCCAAUUUCAAAAACACAUAGCCGAUGCUGAGAUUCUGGUUACUACGCCUUUCCAUCCUGGAUACCUCACCGCGGACCUCAUUGGAAAAGCAAAGAACCUCAAGUUAUGCGUUACAGCAGGUGUAGGAUCAGAUCAUAUCGAUUUGGAUGCUGCCAACAAGAAGAAUAUCACCGUUGCCGAGGUAUCUGGAUCGAACGUGGUUUCAGUUGCAGAACACGUUGUGAUGUCGAUCCUGCUUUUGGUCCGAAACUUUGUCCCAGCGCAUGAACAGAUCUUGGCAGACGAUUGGAACGUUGCUCAAAUCGCUCGUAACGCAUUCGAUCUCGAGGGUAAAACGGUCGGUACAGUAGGUUGCGGUAGGAUCGGAUAUAGAGUUCUGGAGAGAUUGAGAGGUUUUAAUUGUAAAGAACUGUUAUGGUUUGAUUAUACUGAUUUACCCGAAGAUAAGAAAACACCCGAUUUCAAGAGGGUGGAUAAGUUGGAAGAUAUGUUAGCGAAAUGUGAUGUCGUUACUAUUAACUGCCCUCUCCAUGAAAAGACCAAAGGUCUAUUCAACGAUGAGAUCAUCUCCAAGAUGAAAAAGGGAGCUUGGUUGGUGAAUACCGCUAGGGGAGCUAUAUGCGAUAGAAACGCAGUGAAGAAAGCUUUGGAGAGCGGCCAAUUGAAUGGAUAUGCUGGUGACGUCCAACCUGCUCCUAAGGAUCAUCCUUGGAGACAUGCAUUCAACACUCUCGGAGGAGGUAAUGGUAUGGUCCCACACUAUUCCGGAACCACCCUCGAUGCCCAAGCUAGAUAUGCCAACGGCGCAAAGGAUAUCAUUCAAAGAUACCUCGCGGGCAAAGAACAAGAUCCAGCCAAUUUGAUUGUUAUCGAUGGUGAUUACGCUUCCAAAGCUUAUGGUCAAAGGGAGAAGAAGCCCACUGGCCAAAAGCCCGCUGGUCCUUAA